AGGAUUUUCUGCUUGAGCAGGGGUUGGGCCAAAAGGACCUCCAAGGUCCCUUCCAACUCUGUUAUUCUAUUAUGUUGAAUAAUUCUGGGUCUAAGAAGAAUCUUGGAAUACCCUACUGCAUGUAUAUGUACUCCAUGUAUAUGUAAUUCCAUUAUGGCUUAUAAAUUGAGUGCAGUUUGCCAGCCAGUUACGGAUCCAUCUGAUGGUGAUACUAUCUAUCCGACAUUUCUUAUCUUACCAAGAAGUAGGUUGUGGUCUACUUUGUCAUAUGCCUUACUGGUGUCCAAGUAUAUGAUGUCCACAGCAUUUUGCUGGUCCACUAAUUUAGCCACUUUGUCAAAAAUUGCAAUAUGUUUUAUUUGGCACAAACUGUUUUUGAUAAACCCAUGUUGGUUUCUAAUAAUAGAUUUGCUUUCUUCUGGGUGUUUGCAGUUCUGUUGUUUGAUUACCUAUCCUAUGCUGGUAUUCUGCCUUAGUUAUGUGUCUCACUUUCCUUUUUUUUAUAUUUGCCCUUUUUGUCUGCAUUUGCUGCAUUUUCUUCCCUUCUGUAAUCCUAUUCUUGUUCUUCCUAAUUUUUGUUCCUUGUAUUUAAUCCCCAGAUGGAGUCUAGACAUCAGUAACAAGAAAAAAAAAACCCUUGUUGACCUUAAAAUGAACACAACCAAAUUUCCAAAGGUUGCUUUUUGGCAGGAAGCUCUUGUGCCUGUAACAAGUAUGAUGAAGCACAUCAUGUAAUGGAAGAGGCAGAAACCCACCAUCUGAAAUAUUCUAUUUAUAUGUACAGUCCAGGAGUUCACAUGUCAGAGCAUAGCCUUGUUUUUGUUGCUUUUUAUUUACACAUAAAGCAUAGGGCAAGACUGGACAAUGUGUACUUCCCCAGAAUGCAGAUUUUAACAAUUCUGUUUUAUGGCCAUUUCACUUAGAAUAUGUAGAAGUAUUAUCUGGAGAGAAACACACAUUGUCCAUGAAAGUAGGAAAACAUGAAAUGCAAUUAAUAUUACAUUACUUUUAUGCUGGUUCAAUCAAUUGAAUGUAAUAAAUUUUAAAGCAGUUAGCUGACCUUUUGAAACAACCAAUAUCAGCUGACUAUGUUUCCUCAUUCUUUUGAAUUAUAAGUUAUGUACGUUAUAUAUGAAGUGCUAUCGCCUUGUUUGGCAGUUAGUUCUUGUCUUAAAAUACCAUGAAAUCAAAGUUUCCAGAUCAGUAGACUGAAUCCAGUAUUCAGUACAAAAUGGUGAAUGGAAUUGUGGACAGUUUUCUAGUUUCGCAAAUGCCUAUGAUAUGGGCAUUUCGGCUAUGAAAAGUUGUGAACAUUUUUUGAGAACUAAUACUUUUUUCAAUCUUACACACACACAGGUGGCUUCAGAAAAAGGAAACAUGACAGUUUUCCACAUGGUCAUAGGAGGGAAGAAAAAGAUAGCAUCAAUUUUUCUUCAUCCAUAAUGACAUCCUUCAAGAUGUUUCAACUGGAACUUGAUACAAGACAUGAUAAAUAUGAAAGACUUGUGAAACUUAGUCGUGACAUAACUAUUGAAAGCAAAAGGACCAUAUUCCUACUUCAUAGAAUUACCAGUGCUUCCAAUAUAGAAGAAAUAUUAACAGAAUCUGAAGUCAAAUUAGAUCUUGUGAGACAGAAGAUAAAACAAGUAGCACAAGAAUUGAUGGGAGAAGAUAUGCAUCAGUACCAUAGAGCUAUUUCUCCAGGUCUUCAAGAGUAUGUGGAAGCUGUUUCAUUUCAGUAUUUUAUCAAAACCCGGUCAUUAAUUAGCUUAGAGGACAUCAAUAAACAACUGAUAUUUACAGAAGAAAAUAAAGAAGAGGAAAGGAAGCCAUCUUCAGAUUCUCCUAAUAAGGAAAACAACACGUGGAACAUAAAAGUGACACCUGUGGAUUACCUUCUGGGAGUGGCUGAUCUAACUGGAGAAUUGAUGCGGAUGUGUAUUAAUAGUGUUGGCAAUGGUGAUAUAGAUACUCCAUUUGAGCUGAGUCAGUUCCUGUGUCAGAUUUAUGAUGGCUUUUCUUACAUUGGUAAUACUGGACCGUAUGAAGUUUCUAAGAAGCUCUAUACUUUGAAACAGAGCUUAGCUAAAGUGGAGAAUGCUUGUUAUACACUGAAAGUCAGGGGUUCUGAGAUACCAAAGCAUAUGCUAGCUGAUGUGUUCUCCAGUAAAGCAGAAAUAAUUGACCAAGAGGAUGGGCUUUCUUAAGCAUACUGGGAACCUCACAACAUACAAAUCAAGAACUACAGGAUCAGAGCAAAGCCAAGCCCUGGAUUUGCUUAUCAGAAUCUUCGCCAUAAUUCAUGUGUUAUGAAAAUCUUUGCCAUAAUUCAUGUUUUAUGAAUAGCUGAAGUAGAAUAUGUUGUAUUAUAAAACUGUUAUUGUGUAAUGAUUUAACAUGCCCCCCCCAGCUUAUCACCCAGUGAAAAUGUUGAUUAUAUACAGGGACCACUUCUUAUAUUCUCUUCUUUAGUAUUGUGGGCAUACUGCAGGUUACUUUAAACCAGGUACCAGUGAAGGAUCAUAGUCCAUAACAUACAUGCAAUAUGAUAACAAUUUGCUUUGUUUCAUUGUUGCUAUUAUUUAAGUGGUUCAAAUCUUUGACUGUUCAGAAUGUCCUGGUGUUAAAAUUUACAUGUGCGUUUUUAAAUGACUGAAGAGAAACGUUAAUUGAAUGGGAAAGAAUCUAGGAAAAGCUAACAAGUUUAGCUUAUCUUAUUCUUUGGAUACUUUCGUAGUAUACCUUUUUAUGUAUCGCAAUGUUGAGUUUUUAUAGGUAAGUUGGUACUAACACCUUGCAAAUUAAGCCAAGCAAAAGCAGAUAUCUUGUAAAGAGUUUUAACAUAACUAGAAUCAGUGGGUAUACCCAGUUACAGUAUACUCUGGAAGGAUUUGGAAGAUAAUGCUUGAGAAAAUAAAUGACAAAAAAUAUUUGAAAUAUAGUUUAAAACUGAAGUUGACAGAAUUUGUAAAUUAUGUAUCUGUCCUAUGUAUGUUCUUUAAAGGAUUAUGAUAUUGUUUUGUGUAUUUAGUUAAUCUCUUGCUUCAGAUUCUUGAUUAGCCACUCCAGCUUAGACUUUAACUUCCUUUCUGUGAACAGAAUAGAAUUAAAUUUAUAGAACAGGCUUUCCUGCUUCCCUUUUCUCUGUAUAGCCCUGUAUCUCUUGUAAAUCUGUUCCUGAGAACAGGGAACUCUUGAGCAUAGUGUGGAAUAACUUAUAAAAGGCCUGGUUGGUAGAAAUUCCUUGUACGAAUGUAAGAAUUCAGGAUCCAAGUCAUUGUGUUCUGCGGGAAAUGUAAACAUAAAAGUAGGUGAGGAUCCAGGCUCUCCACUAUACACAAACACAUUGAAUUUCCUACCACAGUUCUUCCAUGUUUUUAUAUUGCGGAUAUUAAGCAUGGUCUAUUUUCAGAUACAUGAUAUAGUACAGCAGUAUUUUGCCACCUUUUUAAGAAUUACCAGAUUUCUCAUAUGAUAAAAAUUUAGAAAGCAGUCUUUUCCUCCCAUUAUAAGGCUUAAUGAUGUUUCUACAUUUUUAUAUAAUAAAGGCAUCUUGUAAAAGUAUUAA